AUGCACUGCGCAUCGGCGUCCGAUUUCAACAGCCCGGCUUCGUUUUCAUGGCCGGGAUCAACAGUAAAUGAUGGGUCGGUGGACAUUAGCACGGAUAGUAUUGGCGCGGAUAAGUCUCACAGUACAGAGGUCACCCUGCAGGUAGAGAAUUCGGUGCAGAAUAUCGACGUAUCGUUACAGACCUUUUAUCUGAGUUACAUGGUGCAUACAGCACGGGCAUUCCAACGUGCUCUUCUACAGAGAAUCACCAGUUACGGGGCGGUUCCUAAGGUGCAAGUUGUACGUGCCGAUCCGAGCGAGAAAACACACUGUUUGUGGGCUGAUAUAUUAUGUCAAACUUUAGAGAGCUACGCACAUUUGGUGCAACAAUAUUCUAGUGGUCAGCUCAAGAAAAAACUCGAAGGAGAGCUUAAGAAAUUCGACUAUAAUGAGAAAUUGGAAGUUUCACUCCUCGGCCACGAGGAUGUCGUGGUCAGGGAAGGAACGGACACACCGGGCUCAUCGCGCAGUUCCAUGGACUCAUCAAUAUACAACAGUUUUGAGAACUCCGUUAAUAGAAAACCGAUUCCGUGGAACUCAGAGCAGGAAAAGAAGCAAUUUGUACCGGAGAGCUCCUUCGGCGAAGCGUCUACCUUACGAGAGAAGGUGGAGGCGGAGAGGCGUAACAUGAUGAAAGACGCGGAGACAAACAUCGAGGAUGAUUUAGAUUUAGUCUUCAAAUUUCUGAAGACUAGAGUUGGACGUAAUUGGAGAGAAUUCCUUCGUUGUCUUGGCGCAAGUGAAGCAGAAAUCCGAAACCUAUGGUUGGUACACUUUAAUGUCAGAGGUUGGCAUGACUGUAUUUAUCAAGGUCUGUUGCUAUGGCGACUGAGAGAACAAAGUGAAGCGACAAUCGACAAACUGUUAAAUGCUCUCGACCAUAUAACAGUAAUGAGAAUAGAUAUCAAAGACGAACUAGAGAAAUAUUGGAAUGACCUGAAAUACACUGAACAUAUUACCCAAUCGCAGCCUGAUCCGCCGCCCAGAAAGCUGCCAAAUGGUGCUACAAUAGACGCCUUGAUGGGCCGCCGUAAACAAGACACAUUGAAGGAAAAAGAGAAGAUGCUAGCUCUUUUGGAAGGAACACGUAUUUUAAAACAACAAAAGAGAAAGGCGAAAAAAGAUUUCUUUAGCACGAUUGGAUCUGACUCCUCUGCAUUUUCUAGAGUCGACAAAGACGAGUUCGGUAUACAGAGCAAGAGCCCCCAACGGCACAAUGGGAAUAACAACGUCGAACGUACCAUCAAAUCUGACACGUGGCCAAGACAGGGGCCAAUCACUGACUGGGGCACCGUGGAUAACUAUCUUACAAGUACGCAGGAGACAUUAGACGAAAUGGAUAAAUUUGAUAGACCCGAAAAUGGCAGUGACCAUCGCUUGAAUGCAAGAGAGUCACAGCCUUGUCUGUUUGAGAGAAAGAAAACGUACAAUUCCACCACGGACUGUCCCUCGCAUGUUUGGGAAUCUAACCAUAGAGUGCCAAUAGUUGCGAAAAUAUUAAACGAGAGACGGAAAUAUCAACCGACCCAUAGUGGUGCAGUCCGUGGAAACGGCGAACUCGUCGAGGUAACGCCAUAUACUGACAGUGUAAAAUUAAGCUCAAAAUCCAGCGGUUUUUAUGAAUCCAACGGAACGCCUACAGAUGCUACGAAUUCACCUCCAAAUUCCGUAUUCACUCCGCAAUCGGAUGACGGAUACUUCACUUUCCCCACCACAACGCCAAAUACGGCGGAGACGUCUGAAAAUAUAAAUAGACUGCCCGUCAUUGAGCAUGAUGACGAGACGGCCUCUUACUACACUGCCAGUGGCUCAACAAAAUCAAGUACCUCUCCGAACUCACUAACUAGGCUCGGGCACGAUAAAAUAGAUGCCCCGCAAUUGAGUGAAUCUAGCACCAGUUGGAACACAACUCUCGAAGAUAUGCAUUGGGAAGAUUUUCAGAAUAUGAGUCUGAGAGAGUUUCAACUGAAUCGUGGUGUCCUCGGAAGCUCUAAAACUCCCAGCUCGACAAACAACGAGUCAGUCGCUUCACGCUCCGAACCCGCAUACACAGAUAGUACACCGAAUGGAGACGUAUUCGAAUGGCAAAACUUUGAUAAUUCAACCCCGACGUAUUACACCCCCAAAGGCAUUCGCCACUUCACGCCAAUAAAGCCGAGUAGCAGCGCAGAAUCUUCUUGCAAAUUCGGCGUCAUCGACGAGGAACCUAGCGAUUACGUCACAGCCAAUAACUGUCCUGAUUUAGAAGACGAUUUGACAGCAGUGACGUACUUUCCAACAGAAAUGGAACCAAUUUUUGAUUUUCCAAUAGCGUCUAGCUCUCCAAUGGGGCACUCAACAAAUACUCAUAACACACCAGAGCCAUUUCGUUUAGAAACGUAUCCCGAACCGCAUUUGGCAAGUAGAAAGUCGGGUAAUUCUCGCGAGAAACCCUCAGAAAAACAGCGAGAUCGCAAGAAACAGAAAGAUAAACCUAACUUUGAUAAAAUCGACGACAUGGAACCGAUUGACGAUUAUCAGGACACCGAUGGCGUUGACGUAGACAAACCAAGACGCAAGAGAUACACGAAGAGAAGCCCAUCUAAGAAGUUACCAAAUAGAAAAGGUAAAUUACCAAACAGAUCAAACUUAUUCUGGAGAACCGGCAAGGAGAUAGUAAUUGACCACGACCCCGCCGAUAAGCCUGCGUAUACACCCGUAGGCUCCAACGCAGUUCCUAAAAACAAGUUGUUAGCGAAUAAUCGCGAAAAGCAGCCUAACAGUUCUGCAAAUUCAACACCAGAGACGAAUCGAUGCAUAAUGUGCCCCUUACCUACCUUCAGAAAGUCGCACGUUAAACCCACAGAGUUCAAAGACUACCGCCCACCACCAUCACCAUGGGAACUGAGAACAAAUGACAAUUCCGAGGAGGAAAUAGGGAAUAUAUUAAGUGAUGACAAAAACACGAAAGCCGACAAUAAGACUCGACGCACGCCGUCUGUGGCGGAGUCGGCUAAUUCGGAAGAGGUUCAACAGUUCAUGAAAACAUUUCCCCGAUUUCAUAGAUCCAGUAAAGGUAGUUCCACUCAUCACCUUGACGACGAGAGAGGACACUCCCCCUGGGAAUUAAGGAACGACGAAAACAUAAGUUUAAGCUCUGCUGCUCACUUAGUAGCUCGGAGUGGGUCUGUGAAAAACGGAAGUAUUACCCCCUCAUUCGGUGAAAGUGUAUUUGAAUCGCCAUGGAUCACGAGGAAUGAUCUCGAGGCGCAGAAAGAUCGCCUGCGAGAAAAUGCUGAAAUGCUCAUAGAUGAUUUACGCAUGCGCGGCUUGGCGGACAUAAAAUCGGACAAAAUGGACCAAGAUGCGUGUUUUCUAAUGGUUAUUGGAGAAACAGUUAGACAUUUGUUAGAGGAAAACAACCAAGACACAAAAAAUAUUUAUGCUUUGAAACAUGUAGACGACAACACGUGCGAAGUUAAUUUACAUAAAAAAGACAAAAACUCAAAACCAGGUAAAGUUAUCCCUCGUCGCAAACCGUCUUCAGACGAAGAACUGAAUGCGAAUAUAAAGCACACCUUAUAUGGAAAUUACACUCUGAAUUUUCAGUUGAAGAAAAAUAAGAAACCUCGCAGAAAACAGCCCAGCAGUGCCAAACGUGACCCGAAGUUAAAAUAUUUGAAUCCUGUACGCCCAAGAACGUAUUCGCGUGACUCACCGCCUUAG